AACACCGCACCGACGGACAUUGUUUAUCUGCUGAGUUCGUGAUGGACAGACCGAGGUUCUUCACUCCCGCCGAGGUGGCCGCUCACAACACCGCUGCCGACCUGUGGGUGUCAUUUCUGGGUAAAGUGUGCGACCUGACCCCCCUGAUGAGCCGGUACCAAGGUGACGCUCUGCUGUUACCCAUCAUGGAGUGUGCAGGUAAGGACAUCAGCUGCUGGUUCGACCCCGACACCGAAGACGUCCUGAAAUAUGUGGAUCCACUGACUAACUGUGUGAGGUACUACACCCCCAGGGGGCGCUUCGUGCACGUCCCCCCCGCCGGCCCUCGCUCCGACUGGGCCAGUGACAUCGGUCCUCCGUGGUGGAGGGAUCGACGCUACGAGGUGGGGCUGCUGUCGGCUAAAACCAGGUGGAUCCGAGUCAUCAACACGCUGACCUCGCAGGAGCAGCGGCUGCAGGUGUGUUCGGAGGAGACUCUGGCUGAGAUCCUCCAGCGUUACCUGCGCUACAACUCUCACGCCUGCAGCUACACCUGGAAACACGGCGGAGCGACUCUGGACAUGAGCAGGACGCUCGGCGAGAACGACGUCCCCGACGACGACCACGAGCUCCAACAGCUGCGACUGGACCGAGACCUCUUCACCCCCGCCAUCCUCCUCCACUUCAACGAUGACCUCACCGAGGGAUGACCUCUGACAUCAUCACCUGAGGGCGGGAUCAGUGCGGGGAUUAACCAUAUUAUUAUAACCAGUUCAUUAAAUGUUCACGAGAAAUGUU